CUCCUCCCUGAUCAUCACCAUUUUCCUUUCCCCCUGGGUUCCUGUUGGGGCUUCCUCUCAGUCCUGUGACACUGAGACCCUGACAGUUACUCCAGAAAUGCUGGUGCUGCUGCUGCUGGCCCUGCUGUGGGCAGGGUCCGUGACUCAGCAUCAAGAAUUCCAGCUGCGAGUGAAGGAGUCCGUGACAGUGCAGAAGGGCCAGUGCAUCUUCGUGCCCUGCACUGUGAUCUAUCCCAAUAAAGGUUGGAAUGAGUCUGACCCAGCUCAUGGCUACUGGUUCCAGGAAGGGGCCAACACAAACACGGAUCCUCCUGUGGCCACAAACAACCCCAACUGUAAAGUGAGGAAUGAGACCAGGGGCCGAUUCCACCUCAUGGGGGACCGGACCUCCAACUGCUCCCUGCAUAUCAGAGAUGCACAGAAAAGGGACACAGGGAGAUACUUCUUUAGGAUAGAGCGAGGGUCCUAUGUGAAAGAGAAUUACAAAAACAACAUGCUCUCUGUACAUGUGACAGAUCUGGUACCUGACAUCCACAUCCAGGGGACACUGGUGUCUGGCCACCCCAACAACAUUACCUGUACAGUGUCAUGGGCCUGUGAUAGAGAGACACCACCCAUGUUCUCCUGGAUGGGGCCCAACCUCACAUCCCUGGGUCCCUGGACUCCUAACUCCUCAGUGCUCACCCUCACACCAGGGCCCCAGCACCACGGCACCAACCUCACCUGUCAGGUGUCCUUGGAGGGUGGCCAGGAAGGGCAGAGGACCAUCCAGCUCAAUGUGACCUAUGCACUCCAGAACCUAACCAUCAUGUCCUGGCAAGAAGGCACAGGAUAUAAAGUUCUGUCCAACGGCUCAUCUCUCCAAGUCCAGGAGGGCAAGUCCCUGCACCUGGUGUGUAAAGCUGACAGCAACCCACCUGCUCAUAUGAGGUGGACCCGGGGCAGCCUGACCCUUGAGUCCACAGACCCAGGGGUCCUGAAGCUGCCCCAGGUGGAACUGGAGGACCAUGGGAAAUACAUCUGCCGAGCUCAGCAGCACGAGUCAGUCUCUCUGGAAGCCUCUGUGACCCUCAGUGUGAAAAACCCCCCACAGCUGCAGGGACCCUCCUGCUCCUGGGAGGAUGAGGGUCUCCACUGCAGCUGCUCCUCCCAAACUCAACCGGCCCCCUCCCUGAGCUGGCAGCUGGGGGAGGGGCUGCUGGAGGGGAACCACAGCAAUGUCUCCCAGAAGGUUACCUUCCACUCAGCAAAGCCCUGGGCCAACAGCUCCCUGAGUGUCCGUGGGGAGCUUACUUCCAACCUCAGGCUGGCAUGUGAGGCCCAGAAUGCCCAUGGGAAAGAGACAGUGACUGUCCUGCUGGUAUCAGGGAGACCAGGAUAUAGGACAGGAGUGAUUCAGGGGGCUGUUGGGGGAGCUGGUGCCACAGGCCUGCUGGCUGUCUGCUUCGGCCUCAUCACACUGAGGAUCUUCAGGAAGAAAUGGACAGAAAAGGCAGAGAGCCAGGAAGGCAACUCCCAGGGUCACCUGAAUGCACCCUCCUACCACCACCUGCCCACAGAGCAGGCCACCUCCCCCUCAGAGCAUGAGCUCCACUACGCUGCUCUCAGUUUCCACAACAUGAAACCACACAACCCUCAGGCCCAGGAGACCCCAUACUCUCAGGUCAAGAUCCGGAAAUGAUGGUGCACCCUCACCUGCAGGAGCUGGCUGGAGCCCAGUAAAGGCAUCUCCAAAAAGAAA